AUGCUACUUACCGCCUGUCAGGUUACUGGGGCAGAGUGGGCUUUGAAUGGCAGUAGAAGACUGACAUCUAGAGGCUCUGUAGUUCAGCUCCACAGAUGGUCUGUGAAUAAAUGGGGUAGUCAGCGGACACGGAUCACGGCCCUCCAGCGAAACCUGAAGAAAGCCCAGAGCAAACCGCAUGAUAAAGAGCAGCGACCCGGCGGCCCCAUCGGUGUCAGCGUGAGGAAACCAGCGGCUGAGAGGACACCUAGCGCCUUGGCACCGGAUGGAGGCGCCUGUCCGUCAGCCACAUCUGGACCGAUAUGUUCCCGAUCCGCAAGGAGUGUCGCCACUACCACCACCGCCUGGAAACCCCUAAAUCCCCGGAGCAGACCCGCCGCGGGAGGAGAGCCUGUGGCCGGUUUGGAGAGUAAAGAGGCGCUGCCCCUAACUUCCAGUGGAGAAGGACCGUGUUCACCUUUCAGUGCCCCUUACUUAGAUGAAAUAGGGCAGACUCCACCUUCGCCUGCAAUUUGCUUUCCAUUUAGGAUGCCAAAUCAUUUCCCCAGCAGCUAUGUUCCAUUUCCAAACUUCUUGUUCAACAUGCCAUGGCUGCCACCUGUAUCUCCUGGGUUUUACAAUGACGGCCUCCAUGGACCCCGGAUAUUCCCCCACUUCCAGCAGAGUGCAGUGCAUUACCCACCUCCACCAGAGCCUGGACCCCCAGCUGACUGCAGACCAGUCUUCUUCACCCUUCAACCACCCCCACCCCCAGAUGCCUUCCAGGAGGAGCUGAUCUCGAGGCAGCACCUACAACCUCCUUUGCCCAAACUUAGUGAGCCAGUCAUGGAGGAGCUGGAUUAAUACACAGUGGGCCAGAGAAUAUGGGGGACUAGAUUACAGAUGAAACUGUUUCCUCCAGAUAUUCCUGUUUCAAGUGGAAGGGAUUUCAAUCAUUUCUGCCAUCAAUAAAGAACUCAAACUUCAACCAGCAAAUCACAGAGAGAAGAGACACACAUGAAGAUUUAAAGAAGCAAAUAUUUGAGCUCAUGAGGAAGAGACAGGCAUGAAGACAUCUGCAGAAGGUGUCACCACUUCGUCCACCACCGUCCACGUUCACAGAGAUGUCGUCCACGAUCGCUGAGACAUGGUCCAUGAUCGGAGAGACAUUGUUGAGGAUGAGGGAGACAUCGUCCACGAUCAGAGACGUUGUCCAUGAUCAGAGACAUUGUCCCAUGCUUCGUAGAGACCUUGCGAUAGAAUCGGCGGAGACGGGGGUCACCGAUUUGACGGCAUUGACCGCGAUCAUGGAGACAUUGCCGAUGAUCACAGAGACAGCGUUUAUGAUCUCAGAGACAUCGUCCAUGAUCACAAAGACGUUGUCCAUGAUCGCAGAGACUUUGUCCAUAAUCUCAGAGACAUUGUCCACGAUCACAGAGACGUAGUCCACGAUCACAGUCUUCGGACAAUGAAGUAGUUCACUGAGACCAGGACAGAGGCCUCCAGGUAAUUCACAAACCGCUUUAUGUCAACUGUCUCAACAGAGCACUGACAUUAAACUGUUAAUGUUGAGUAUUCAGUAUAUCAGAAGUGUAAAAAUAGAAGUAAUCUGCAAUAUAAGAAUAAUGUACAAGUAAUCCUUAUUAAUAGAAGUAAUGUAAAAGUAGUGAGCAAUAUUAGAAGUAAGAUGUAAUAGUCAAAGUAAUCUCUUACUAGAUGUAGUUUGCAACAGUAAAAGUUAUCUGUAAAUUUAGAAGUAAUAUGUUAUAAGAAAAAUAUUAUGUAAUGGUAAGAGUAAUCUAAUACUAGAGGUAACAGUAAAAGUAAUCAGUAAUAUCAAAGCAAUGCAGAAGUAAAAUAGUAAUCCAAAAUGGCAGUAAAAAUGUCUCGUUAUAGUAAGACGCCAAAAUGUCAUAGUAUAGUAAGGCAUAAAAAUGUGAAAUGUUAUUGUUAAGGAUCAAUCAAAAUGGGAUUGAAAAAUCUCUUAACUUCAGUUUGAUCCUACAAGAUCAGAAAUUCUAAAUUGUGUGUGUGUGCUAGACACACUAGACACCAUACAAAACUAUCAAUUCUACAAUAAAAUAUUGGAGUGAGUUGUUCAUAAGUGUGUUCAUUUUAACUGUUGGUCAG